AUGGUAUCUAUUUCCAUGAUUGCAAUCUUUGGGCUGUCUGCCUUUACUGCCGCCGAUAUCACUGUGGCAGUCGAUGAGAAUGUAAAGCCUAUACCUCUUGAUAUCUCUACGGCCGUUACCUCGAGUACCGAAUUGCUAAAACGGAGCUGCCCGGAGGAGCUGUCCGACAAGCUCCCGUACCGACCUAAAGUGUUAAUGUCAACCUUUACUGAAUUCGAGGCACCGGACGAGUCGUUCGAGCCUAAGGACCAGAUCUUCCCUUCUUCUGACGGUCUUGUGCGAGGCGCCAUUGAGGCGUGGGCCAAACACCAGCAUCUCGUCCUGCGCCCCGACGAAGUCUGGUUUGAAAUCUUGACGCAGGUGAAUUUCUACAUGAAAAAGCAUGCUGAAGAUAUUCGCCACCUAUUUGUUGACCACGAAGGCAAAGAAAAAAUCCUGGUCGAUGAGAUCUCCUGGCGUCGCGUCGUUGGUGCGGUUUCUCAGGCGAUCCAGGAGAGAGUCAAAACGCCGUGGCUCUAUGACUGGAUCAUGCCGGGCUUUACAACCAGUGACGAAAAUGAUGACUUGACUGCCACCGUGCUUAUGAUGGGCAUGAUGCAGCACUAUUUUGAAUUUGGGGGCAGCAUUAUCUGUGGCUUACCGAAAGUUACACUGCUGGGAGAGCGUGAAGACUGGGUACAACUGUUGGAGAAACUCGACUAUUUCAAAGAAUUCGGUGAGGAGCCUCAGGAAUACGCUCAAGAACUACGACCUAUCCUUAGUCGCUUUGUGAGAACUUGGGAUGAGCCAGAUAGUGACGAAAUAAAGGAAUUCUGGGGCCAGAUCGUCCGCGCGAAGUCGAAGUUCUCAUGUGGCGGUGGUGAUCCAAAGUAUGUGUCCGGAUGGAUUACCGGAUUUCUAAAAUGGCAACCAAGUGGUAGUCUGCGGGUUUUCAAGAUGCCAGAGCGGGCACUGGGUGAGGAUAAUCCGAACUCAGACGCUAAUGGGAGUGGCAAUAAGAAUGGGGAGGUCGUUCUUGAUGGUAUCACUUAUGUCCAGGAGGACCUAUCCGAUAUCCCAAUUGGAUAUGCCAAGGUGCCGAUGAAGAUGAUAGGCUAUCCUCACGGGGGGGUUGAUACAAUGGCAUAUCUUUUAGCAGGAAAUGUCGCUGUGAACAGAACCCAGACGUCAGAUGAGGAGUUUGUUAGAGCGCAGCCGUUGAGCGCAUGGUUCAUGUACGCGCCAAUCGAUGCUGACUACGAGCCGGAAUUCCCACGUUAUGGUAGUCACAGCGAGCUUGUGGACAUUGGUAAUGCUAUUAGCAAACAAUGUCCAGCUUGA